CGAAUUCAUUAGAGUGAACUUGAAUAGGGAUGGUAACUUGUGUGUGUGAUGUUUUAUUUAAUUUAUUUCUGUGCUAUCUAUUCAUAAUUUGUGUACUAUCUACAUAAGAAGGUCUAACAAUGAAUGUGUGUAGAAUUUGUCUUUGUAGUUCUACGGAAAUGUCCGUAAACCAAUUAAAAUCUGAUGAUGAUACUUCCAAAACCUAUGUGGAUAUAUUUAAUUUUUGUCUAAGCAUAGAGAUCGAAGCAGAAAUGGAUGAGCAAGCAAAGUUAUGUACAUCAUGCUUUUAUAAGGUUUUAUCAUUCUAUGAGUUUAAAUGUUUAGCUUUAAAAAGUGAUGCUUACCUGAAGACUGUCCUUAGUGAAUAUGAAGUUAAAGUUAUUCCUCCUAAUGUAGGCAAUGUAAAGUCAGAAGAUAUAGAUUAUAAUGACAAUGAGUGUCUAGAUGAAGUCCUGAGUUCACCAGUGAAAGAUGAAGUAUCAUGUAGUGAGAAGCCUGAUUAUCUGUCAACUGAGGAUCCCCUCCCUGACUGUCCAACUGAUAAAUUUGUGAUUGUUGUCGUACCAGCAGAAACCGAGGAUAUCAAGUUAAUUGCAGAACCUAACAAAAAAACAAAAGUACAAAAGAAGAAAAAAUCCAAAAACAAACGGAGUACAACAACCAGGUAUACAAGAAGCGGCAUCUGUGGCACCAGAAUCUUGUCUAAAUCAGAAAAAGCCUAUGAAUCAAAAAAAGCCUUUGAAAAUCCUGGAAAGAAAGUUUUAAAUUUAGAAAAACACAUGACGGUUGAUCAGAGCGGAGAGGAGUCCUAUGCAUGCAGUGACUGUGGAAAAACAUUUUUAUCUGAUGUUGCUAGGAACUAUCAUCAUGAGACUAUCCAUUCUGGAAUGAAAGAUUCGAUUAUAGCCCCAAAUACUCUCUAUGCAUGCAAAAUUUGCUGGCGUCGGUUUGAUGCUGAGAAGAAACUGGACAGUCAUAUGUUGUCUCAUACCCGACCGUUUGUGUGUGAACUUUGUGGUAAAAGCUACGGGACAAAAAACAGGCUGAAGAUUCAUAACCAACAACAUCAUGAGAAAAUAAAAAGAUUCUGCUGCCAACACUGUCCAAAAAAAUAUUAUGUAAGAGAUGCUCUGACUUAUCAUUUGAAGACUCACCACAUCACAAACCAACCAUCCCACGUAUGUCCGGAGUGUGGCAAAGGUUUCAAACUGUGGAAGUCGUUCAAGGAGCACCUCAACUGUCACAGGACCACCAAAGAGUAUGAAUGCCAUAUCUGCGUCGGUAGAGCUUUCAAGACACAAGGUUGCCUAUACGCCCACAUGUUGACGCACCAAACGCGACGACACGAGUGUCAGCAGUGUGGAGCGAAGUUCACGAGGAAGGAACACCUCACCCGACACCAAAAAGCGAAGAAGCACGGUGGAGUUACCGCCAAGGAAGAAAAUGAUUACCCGAAACAAUUGGACGAAGCUUUGUCGGUGUAAUUUUUUUUUUUUUUACUUUUCACGUGGAUUUUACAAUUGAAUGUUUCCUUCAAUCUAGUCAGGCUGGAGCCAAGACAGAAUUAUCUCUGCGUAAGGUAAUUUGUCUUUGUUUUGAAAUGAAAUGAAUAUAUUCAGAUAUGGAACUGAAAUGCAAGGAGAAAAAAUAAACUGUAAAACUUGAAAUAAAACUACGAUUUACGUAA